AUGCUCAAUCGCUUGGGUAGAACUUGUCUGUCACAAGGCUCGCUACUUUCAAGGUAUGCGAGUCAUUCUGGCAUGAAAGCCCUAAGAUGUCGGCAUGCUAGGGCUUUAAAUGUCAGAUCUAUCCACAGCAGUGCAAUGCUGAGGCAAGAGAUCGAAAAAGGUCCUAAAAAGUCAUUUUUAAGUGAUAGGCUCGGGAGAGUCGUCCGAUUUUCUAUCUUUACCAGCGGCGUUUUAGUUUCGUCGAUUGGAAUUUCGCUGGUGGCAUUUUUCCUCUAUGACGCUACCACGUACAAGAAUAGCGAGCUUCCAGAUUACAUCGAAGUACCGCAAUUGGCCCUCACACCAGAAAUCGGUGGACCCGAGAACUUGCCAAUAUUGAGAGACAAUUUGGAUGCCUACGAUUCAGAAACUAAAGAAAAACUAUCUUAUAGACCAAGAUUGGUGGUGUUGGGAUCUGGGUGGGCGUCCGUUGGUGUGUUGAAAGCCCUGGCGCCUGGAGAAUAUGACGUAACAGUCGUGUCCCCCCAAAACUACUUUCUGUUCACUCCCCUGUUACCUUCAGCUGCGACUGGAACACUAGAACUCAAAUCUCUUAUGGCCUCAAUCAGAAAGCUGGUGAACACCGUGAGUGGCCACUACUUAGAAGCCAAAGCCGAAAAGGUGGAAUUCGCCGAAAAACUUGUGAAGGUAUCUCAAUUUAAUGCUCAAACCGGAGAAAAGCGCAACUUCUAUGUCCCUUACGAUAAAUUGGUUAUUGCUGUGGGUUCCACUGCUAACACGCACGGUGUGGAAGGUUUGGAAAACUGCUCCAGACUGAAGACCGCUGAGGAUGCGAUCGCGCUGAGAAGAAAAAUCAAAGACAACUUGGAAAUUGCUUGUUUGCCCACCACCACAGACGAGGAACGCAGAAAUAUUCUGAGCUUCGUUGUCUGUGGGGGUGGACCAACGGGUGUUGAGUUUGCUGCUGAGGUUUUCGAUUUGAUGAAUGAGGAUUUGCCCAAGAUCUAUCCAAGAAUCUUGAGGCAACAGGUAUCUGUCCACAUUAUCCAAUCCCGUUCGAACAUCCUAAACACGUAUGACGAAACUAUUUCCGAGUAUGCAAUGCAAAGGUUUAAAAAAGAUGAUAUAGACGUCUUGACCAAUUCCAGGGUGCACAAGAUUCUGCCAGACCGUGUGAUUUUCACUCAGAAAAACAAGGAGACUGGCGAGAACGAGCUUAAAGAGCUUCCUUUCGGGUUGUGUCUGUGGUCUACUGGAGUCGCCCAAAACCCUUUGGCGAAGCAAGUUGUUCAAGACCUUUCCACUUUUCAAAGAAAUAGAAGAGCAAUUGAGACAGAUUCUCAUUUGCGGGUUCUCGGCGCUCCCUCGGGUGAAGUAUACGCCAUUGGUGAUUGCGCUACCGUCAGAACCGACCUUGCAGAACACGCUGUCGAAUUUGUGAGACAGUUUAUCGUGAACAAGCACUUACAUCCUACCAGAAGCAACAUUAUUACAGAUGACGACAUAAAACAUCUUUCGAUCUCCUAUGAUGAGAUUCAGGAUCUGGCGAGAGAACUGGUUAGAAGACACCCUCAAACCAGGGAGUUUCUGUACAAUGUAGAAGAAAUUCUACCCAAAUACGACGCCACCAGCUGUGGUGCCUUGAAUAUGAAUCAGAUUACAGAGCUUUUGAAAGACGUCGAGAGCAAGGCUACGUCCAUGCCAGCCACAGCGCAAAGAGCUCAUCAGCAGGGUAAGUAUAUUGGCAAAAAGCUCACCAAGGUUUCAAGGAGCUCAGACACCACACGUGUGAACGAAACUCCUCAAUUGAUUGCAGAUGAAUCUGUCUACAAAGCCUUCAAAUACGUUCAUCUCGGCUCGUUGGCCUACAUUGGUAACUCUGCAGUGUUUGACAUUCCUGGAUACUCCUUCGUUGGUGGACUAAUAGCCAUGUAUUUGUGGAGAGGUAUCUACUUCGCUCAAACCGUCUCCUUACGCACAAGAGUUCUUCUUUUCAUGGAUUGGCUCAAGAGAGGCUUCUUUGGGAGAGACAUUUUGACUGUUUGA